CUUUAACCUCGAGAUAAACAAUUCCAACACAGCACACAAGUUGGGGGUGACAACAGCAUUCCGAUAAGUCCGCCCUACCUCCAUGAAAAUGAGUGAUGCUAGGUAUGACGCCGUCAAGUUGGAAAACGAAGACAGCCAUGAUGAAAACGAGGCAAUCGAAAAGGUCACCGAACUCAAAAAUGUUGAGACCCGUGAAAUUUCAGGCUUAAAAUCUGCGGGCAACAGGAGGAGGAUCAAAGUUGGGCUUAUACCCGUGAGAUACCAAUUAGCCUUUCUCUCGUUCAUCGGACUGACCUCCAUUGGAGCCAUGAGGCAAAAUGUGAGCGUGGCAAUGGUUGCCAUGGUAAACACUUCUUACACUGGUUACAAACACACCGAUGAUCUUGUUAAAAGCAAUGAAGAGAUAUCGUCAUGCAAGAUUCAAGACAAUAACACCGAAUAUGCAGAUGAGACAUCAGGUGAAUUCUUCUGGAAUACGCACACCCAGGAGUUGCUGCUUGCUGGAUUCUUCUAUGGUUACCUGUGCACACAGAUUCCUGGUGGAUGGAUGUCAGAUAGAUUCGGGAUGAAGUGGGUCCUCGGCCUGGGUAUCCUGCUCUCCAGCGUAUCAUCAAUCCUUGGACCAUGGGCUGCAAGAAUGGGUCCUGUAUUUUUCUUCAUAACGCGAUUCCUAGCAGGUCUAGGUGAGGGUGUGGUGCUUCCUGCUGUGGCAUCCAUGUGGUCUCAUUGGGCCCACCCUUUCGAAAGAAGUCGAAUGGGCGUCACAACAACCUCGGGCCUCACCUUUGGAAGUAUCAUUAGCAGUAUCGUCGCAGGUUACUUGGUUAGAUCCGAUAUCAUGGGAGGUUGGCCAUUCUUAUUCUACUUUCUCGGUACAGUUGGUUGUAUCUGGUUUGUUUUGUGGUGCGUAUUUGUUUCUAGCCAACCAUCAAACCACCGUUGGAUAUCGCGGCAGGAACGGAAAUACUUAGAAAAUAAUCUAAAAAUGCAGUCAAAGAAAAGCAAUAAAUCCAUUCCGUGGUUGUCUAUUCUUUCCUCGCCAGUGGUUUGGGUAUUGAUGCUAUGUCAGUUCAUCCAAGGAUGGGGUCUCUUUACCAUCGUCACAAAUCUCCCUCUCUAUUACACCAAAGGACUGGGACUAUCAGUCGAACAGGCUGGAGUUUAUUCAGCGAUCCCCUAUGCACUUCAACUAAUCUGCAAUUUUGUAUCAGCCUUCGUAGCAGAUGUGAUAUUAUCACGGAAAUACCUUGGUUUUAGUCAUACAAGGAAAUUAAUUACCGCCACAUCAUUUGGUGGCUGCGCAGUCUUCCUUGCCUGUGCUGGCUUUGCCCGAUGUAAUGCUGUCGCAUCAGUGGCAUUAAUGACGCUGAGCGUUGGUAUAAAUGGAGCAGCCUAUUCGGGUUACUACGUGUCAAUGAUUGAUGUAGCCGGUAGUUACGCUGGUUCUGUGACGGCGCUUGCGAACGGCGCCGGUGGCCUAGGAGGCGUCAUCGGCCCAUUGGUCGUUGGCGAAUUAACAGAAGUUCAGUCUGACAUCUUUGGAUGGCAGUCGGUAUUAUGGAUCCUGGCUAGUCUCUAUUCCAUUGCUGCCUUAGUGUACACUUUGGUAGCCUCGAUCAACCUACAACCAUGGGCGAGAACGACUGAAUUGGACAGAAGUGACUCAAUGAGAUAACAUGAAGACUUGUAGACAGUUAACGGGGCAACAAAAUUGUAUUUCUUCUAAUUGUUUAAGAUCGGUAUAUUCGAUCUGUAAUGAAAAUCAUAAGUCAGAAAAAAUUGGAACCAGUGGGAUACGAACCUGAAAUCUACUGCU